AUGCAGAGCAGAUGUGAAUGUUGUUUCUAUAUCCCUUUACUUCUGUGUUUGCUACCCCGAGUUAUUUUUUCUGGCUAUCUAUUUUGUAUCUAUCUUUCGAUCCAUCUGUCAAGUUAUUCGUCUGUCUGUAAAAUCGUCCAUUUUUACGCCCCAACUUUCCGUCUGCUUUGUAUUUCUCAACAUAAGCGCCCAGUCUUUUUUUUUUAUACUUUUUUCUCAACCCUUUCUCUGUCUCUAUCUCUCUGUCUCCUUCUCUGCUUCUUUCUCUCCCCCUCUCUCUCUCUAUCUUAUUCUGUCUUUCUCACUUUCUCGAUCAUUAUCUCUCUCUCUCUCAUCUUUGCUCUCUUUUCCCACCCUCUUUCUAUCGCUUUCUCUCUCUAUUUCCCUCCUUCCUUCUCUCUUUUUAUCUCCCUCUCUCUCUCUCUCUCUCUCUCUCAUUCUCAACCUUUCUCUCUCUUCGGGUCUCUCUUUCUUUAUCUCUCGCUGUUCCUCUCUCUCUCUCUCUCUCUUUCCGUUCCCCCCUUUCUCUUCUCUCUCUUUCUCGAUCUUUAUCACUCUCUUUCUCUCGUCAUUGCUCUCUUUUCCACCCUCCUUCUAUCUCUUUAUUUCCAUCCCUCCUUCUCUCUCUUCAUGUCUCUCUCUCAGUUUCUCUCUCUCUCUCUCUCUCUCUCUCUCUCUCUCUCCGGCUCUCUAUUUCUCUCGCUCUUUUUCUUUAUUUUUUCUCUCGCUGUUCCUCUCUCUCUCUCUUUCGUCCUUUUCUCUUCUCUCUCUCUCUUUCUCGAUCUCUAUCUCUCCCGCUUCAACUCUCCCUCCUUUUCUCCCAUUCUUUGCCUCACUUUCUUUCUUCCUCGAAAUUUAUGUCUCUUUUCCUUUUUCUCUUUCCAUUUCUCUUCUCUCUCUCACUCUCUCUUUCCCUCUUUCUCAAUCUUUAUCUCUAUCUUCCGCUCUCGCCCUAACUCUCUCUCUCUCUCUCUCUCUCUCUUUCUUUCUUUCUUUCUUUCUUUCUCUCUGACUCUCACUAUUUCUACCUUGUCUGUUCAUAUCAGUCUUGUUGGUUUAUUUGUGCAUUUCUGUCUAUCGAGCCGGGCCUAUUUCUCUCUCUUGCCAUCAAACUACCAGCCUCUCUGCCUAUCAUUGUGA